GUUCUUCUCCGACCUUUGCUCCAUGUUGAUAAAGCUCUGCGGCGUCUGCUCGCUCUGCGUUGCCGUCGGCUCCUUAUUCGCAACGAUCGAGCAAUAUGCGGCCGAGCAUGGAUUCAAGUGUUGGCGUGUGGUGUAUUCACCGUCAUAAAAGGCCGUGCCAUGAAUCGUGUAGUGACUCUCAAGCUUUGCAGUGCGCUCUAGGAUACGACACCUGCUUGAGCGAGGUCGUUUGCGUAGGCAAGGCUACUGGCGCCGCAGAGAGCUUGGAUGCCGUCAAAUCGAAUCGCAUAUAUCUCUGUUGACCAACGGUAGUGCAGCAUUAUGACAAGCUUCGGACCAUGCAUUGUCGAUUAGUUACAGAUCAGAGUACGAACGAGUACACCAGCCAUCUUGUCUCGACUUCGUCUGACUCGCUCCUCUCUUUCCGACAGUUGCAGCGCAAAAAGUAGCAAGCGCAGCGCGAGCGGCAAAAUGAUGAAAGUACAUGGCACAAUCACAUCUCGAAUGUGGUCCUCGUUCUCAGCUACUAGCACAGCAACUCCAUCCAAUCGCCGUACUUCAAACAGGCUCCCCGAAACACUCAGUGAGUACUCUGAGCACGUUGAACAACAGCUUUCU